CGAACCCAAGCGCGUUGCCUUUCCUUCUUGUAGACGCGCACGCACGCUUUGUCACCACCCAAAGCGGUCACGUCAAGGGCUCUAAGAGCACUGUCUAAACACGCAUCUUGUUGCCAUCAUCCAGGGCAUUGAAUUGUCCAUCAUAUUGUCCAUCACCCACGAUGCCUAGAGGACAGCCCAAGACGGCGGCCAUGGGCCAGCACCAGCAUCAGCUGCAGAUGACUCCUCAGCCGGCCCAGCCUCAAAUGCAACAGCAAAUGCAGCAACAACAGCAACAAUUGCACCAGUAUCAAAACUUCCAACAGCAGCCCCAAGCCCAGGGUAAUUCAGCUAUCCAUCAACACCAGCAGACUCAAUACACUCAGCAGCAACUUCAACCCAUCCAGACCCAAAAUGCUACUGGCACUCAGCAAGGCCAACAGCAGCAACCACAGUCCCAGCAGCAACCCCAUGGCCAGCAAGCCCAACAGCAGGGCCAACCGGGCCCGUCCGGCCAGCAACAACAGGGACAGCCGGCCCGACCCAACUUCCAGAUGGCCCUCCUGCCCCCUCCCCAAGACCGGUUGUAUCCCACCUUCGAAGCGCUCCAGACGGACCUCAAGGCCUUCACGCGGUCGCAAGGCUACGCCUGCGUGAUCGUGUCCUCUCUCAACCGGGACCCGGACGGCCACUACCGGCGGUACAACCUCUGCUGCUCCAAGGGCGGCAAGACGUACACCUCUCACAGCCGGGGGAUCCGACAAUCACGGUCGACCAAGACGGGGUGUCCGAUGAAGAUGAAAGCCGUCCAGGAGAAAGCGUGGCCGUACGACGACAAGUGGCGCGUGGUGGUCCAGUGCGCCGAGCACAACCACGAACCCUUUACGGGCGAGCAACCGGGCGUCAACGUGCCCGCCCAGUUCCGCAAGAUCGAGCAGGACGGCGCCCGCUGGCUCAAGAUCAUGCACCGCGAUGCCCAGUGCACCCUGAGGCAGCUGACGAUUGGGAUCCGCAUCUCGUUCGGGGACAAGUAUCAGUAUGUCAAGAAGAGCGAUGUACGCAACAUGCUGGCCAAGAUCAAGAGGGAGGACGAGAGGAAGGCGGCGGCCGAGGCGGCUGCCCAGGGUCUCCCGACGAACUUGCCGUAUACGCUCAUCCCGCCUGAACAUCAGCCGCCGCCGCUUCAGCCGACCAAUGUGGAAAUGAUGCCGCCGUUGCCGUCGGAUUUACAGGUGCCGGAUCCGGACUUGGAGUCGGACGAUGAGGAUGAAGAGCCUUAGUAUGCCGAGGCCUGGUUCGGAGAGCUGGAUGAGGGGGCUUCGGGUUGGUGUUGAAGAAGCCAAGGCAGAGCGACAGGAGUUUGCAGUUCGGGGAGAUUCGCGGUGUUGUUGAGCAGAAGCAUGAACUGCAACGUUCAAUGCUGGCUGCUGAAACGGUCUCAGUUCUGACUAAUGGUACAUGGCACAUAUUUAUGCGCGCUUUUG